AUGGACACCAACAUGGAAGAUGUUGGGCGAGUGCCGACCGACGUGGCGCCAGUGCACACGGAGCCCGCGACGAGAUCGACGCUGGAACAGUGGAUUGAGAAUCUGAUGAACUGCAAACAGCUGUCCGAGGCCGACGUCCAGCGGCUGUGCGACAUGGGUCGAGAAGUCGUCCAGGAUGAAUCAAAUGUGCAGCCAGUGAAAUGCCCGGUCACGGUCUGUGGCGAUAUCCACGGCCAGUUCCACGACCUGAUGGAGCUGUUCAAGAUUGGCGGCCCCAGCCCCGACACCAACUAUCUCUUCAUGGGUGACUACGUCGACAGAGGCUACUACUCGGUCGAGACGGUGUCGCUGCUCGUCGCCCUCAAGAUCCGCUACCCGCAACGCAUCACGAUCCUGCGCGGCAACCACGAGUCGCGCCAGAUCACACAGGUGUACGGCUUCUACGACGAGUGCCUCCGCAAGUACGGCAACGCCAACGUGUGGCACUACUUUACCGACAUGUUUGACUUUUUGACGGCCCUGAUCGAGAACCAGAUCUUCUGCCUCCACGGCGGCCUGUCCCCCAGCAUCGACACACUAGAUAACAUCAGGGCCCUCGACCGAGUUCAGGAGGUCCCCCACGAGGGCCCCAUGUGCGACCUGCUGUGGUCCGACCCGGACGACCGCUGCGGCUGGGGCAUCUCCCCCCGCGGUGCGGGGUACACCUUUGGCCAGGACAUCUCGGAGGCCUUCAACCACAACAACGGCCUGACGCUGGUGGCUCGCGCGCAUCAGCUGGUCAUGGAGGGAUACAACUGGUCUCAGGACCGCAACGUGGUAACGAUCUUCUCUGCCCCAAACUACUGCUACCGAUGCGGUAACCAAGCCGCCAUAAUGGAAAUUGACGAGCAUCUGAAAUAUACCUUCCUGCAAUUCGAUCCGUGCCCCAGAGCCGGAGAGCCGAUGGUUUCUAGACGAACCCCUGAUUACUUCCUCUAA